AAAUAUCCAAAUUCUAAAUAUGAAAAUGAAAGUUAGAACCUCAACUAACUGAAAUACUGAAUGAUCUUCAGUCUUUAAAGUCCUCUAGAUAAAUAUGUGUCUCAAGAAAAUGUAAAAUUUAAUUUCUUGAUAUUAUAGAAUGAUUUUCAUAAUAUGCAUUGUCCUAUCAAACAAUUUUUAAUCGUUAAACUCUUACGUUUGCUUAAAAUGCAAUAAAUAUUUGAUUUAAAAUUUAAAAAGACAAAAUAAAUAUGGAAAUAGCCAUCGGUAAAGUUUAUUGAGUUUUUUUCAACAACCAAAUUUUGAUUUGUUUUUUAAUUUAUUUUAAAAAUAAACAUAUAAUAACCUAACCUAAUAAUUUGUAUUUUGUUUAUUUCUUGAUGAAUGAUAAAGAUACUGAUUACCGGCAAAGUAUCUUACUAGUUACUAUCUUCAAUCUUGAAAGUUUCGAUUGUUGUCGGUUAAGUCGUAGGUACACAAUUUUUAAACGUUUAAUAAUUUUUAUAAAUACUGACAAUAUGAACGACGCUGAUACUUAUAAAUCGUAUUUGAAGCGUACGGUUUAUGUAGGUGGAUUAGCUGAAGAAGUUGAUGAUAAAGUAUUGAGAUCUGCAUUCAUUCCCUUUGGUGAUAUAGUCGAUGUUCAGAUGCCAUUAGACUAUGAAUCAGAGAAACAUCGAGGCUUUGCAUUUGUUGAAUUUGAACAACCUGAAGAUGCGUUGGAUUCUAUUGACAACAUGAAUGAAGCAGAGAUAUUUGGCCGCACCAUUCGAGUUAAUUUAGCAAAACCUCAAAAGAUCAACAGAGGCUCAACCAGACCUGUAUGGUCGGAAGAUGAUUGGCUUGUACAGUAUGCUGGUAAGACUUUAGAACCCAAAGAUGAUAAAAAGAUUGAAGAGGAUAAAAGCAAAGACGAAGCAAAAAAUCCACAAGUUUAUCUUGAUAUUAAAAUUGGUAAAAAAGACGCUGGUCGAAUUAUCAUCAUGCUACGAGCUGAUAUUGUGCCACGUACAGCAGAAAAUUUCCGUUGUUUAUGUACCCAUGAAAAGGGUUUUGGGUAUCAAAACACUACAUUUCAUAGAAUUAUUCCAAAUUUUAUGUGUCAAGGCGGUGACAUUACUAAUAACAAUGGUACUGGUGGACUGUCAAUUUAUGGAAAAAAGUUUGACGAUGAAAAUUUUGAACUAAAACACACUGGCCCGGGAGUUUUAUCUAUGGCUAAUUCUGGGCCAAAUACAAAUAGUUCACAAUUUUUUAUUUGUACAGCUCGAACGGAAUGGUUAGAUAAUAAACAUGUUGUGUUUGGCCAUGUGUUAAGUGGAAUUGAUGUUAUGAAGAAAAUAGAGAAAUGUGGAACAAAGGCCGGUCUGCCAACUGAAAAAGUAAUAAUUGGUUCUUGUGGACAGUUAGCUUAAUAAAUUUUAUAUUUGAAUUACUUUAUUUUUAUAUUUUAUUGAUUAAUGUAUUUUAUAUUUCAACAUGUACUAAUUAGGUUUAUAAAUUAAAUGUAUAAUAUUAUGAAAA